AUGGCGAUUAUUGUCAUUGAUGAUUCUUUCAAGAGACCAGGAACUGUACCUUUCAGCUGGGAGAUCCGACCCGGUGUACCCAAAACCCGACCCGAAAACACACCACCUCUUCUCCAACCUCCCAAGAAACUCUCUCCUCUCCGUCUAAAACCUUUAUCUCACUCUCAACCACUUCUCCCACCAGCUCUCUCUCCUCCUUCGUCUUCUUUCAUCUCCACUUCCAAGAGCCGUUCUCAAUCUCCUCUCACUCCUUCCUUCUCCACUCCCUCAAAGCUCAAACCUCCACCACCGUCACACUCCGGUUUCUACUCUCCAGGACCUUCUUUCCGUUCCUCCCCGCGUGCUUUCUCGGAGCGGUGGCAGUUAAACCGUCCUAACCGGGUCAGACCCGGAUCCGAGUCCGAGUCUAGAGAUGUUUUAGCUUUUGCCGGACUCGGGUGUUUCCCGACGCCUAAGUUCAGGUUGAGAAAGAACAAGACGGGUUCGAAGUUGGAGCGUGGUUACUGUUCGGAUAUGGAGACGAUGUCUCCGUGGACUGUUUCUAGCCGGAGGUCAGUUUCUACGAGAUGGGACUCGCCGAAGUCUUCGUUCUCGUCGCUCCGGUUCUCGCCGCGACUCGCUAACGAAGCUGAAUGGGCCGGGUUUGGGCUUUUUUGA